CGAAUAAUAAAGAUUUGCUAUAUGUAGUGUUGUUCAUAACAGCUGCUCAUUAUUACAAGAAGAUUGGAGAGAAUUUACUUCUUCUCACUAUUGUAUAAAAUUAAAGCUUAAUUGCAUGUAGAAAAACUUCCAAGUGUGAGUUGUUCGCUUCGUAGAGUUUCCAAUGUUCUUAACACUUUUCUACAAGAUGGCCAGAUGUCACGACAAGAUGAAGUAUUUAUUAGUGUUAACGUUGAUAUCUAUAGUAACAGGAGCAGCCUUAGGAACAAAAGAACAUGUUCCUCCAGUAAAGAAACCACAUGAAGAAGCAGGAGAACACAAUCCUCAUUUUGAUCAUGAAGCAGUAAUUGGUUCAAGAAAAACUGAGCAGGAAUUUGAUGAAAUGAGUCCAGAGGAAGCACAACAAAGACUAACAUUAUUAGUAGCUCAGCAUGAUGGAAAUAAUGAUCAAAUUAUAACAAAAGAAGAGCUUGUGGAAUGGUUAAUGCAGUCAUUCAAAAAUUUAGAUGAAGAAGAUGCUACAGAAAAAAUGGCAGAAGAAGAUAUUAUAGAUGUAGAUCAAAAAGUAUCUUGGGAAGAAUAUCUAAAAUCACAAUAUAAUUAUGAACCUAGUGAUAUUGAAGAUUUUAAAAAACUAAGAACGACAGACAAAGAUAAUGAACAAAUGAAAGAAACAUUUGAACUACUUGUGCUAGUGGAGGAUGAUGAAGCUAGGUUUAUGACAGCUGAUGCUAAUCAUGACGGUAUGCUCAACAAAGAUGAAUAUUUUGCUUUCCAUGCUCCUCUUGAACACGUUCAGAUGCAUGAAUUUGAGAUUAAAAGAGUAAUGAAACAGUUUGAUAAAAAUAAUGAUGGUUCAAUCUCUAAAACAGAAUUUAUUGGAGAUGUUACAGAUAAAGAGCGAGUUAUUGCUGAAGAAGAGCAAUUCAAACUUUAUGAUACAGAUAAUAAUGGAAAGUUAGAUGAAGCAGAAACUCGAAAAUGGGUUAUUCAAGAUAGCAGAGUAGCUGCUAACGAAGAGGCUGAACAUCUUAUGAACAUGGCUGAUGAAAAUAAAAAUCGCGAACUUUCUUUAGCAGAAAUUGUAGAUCAUUAUGAGGAAUUUGUUGGUAGCCAAGCAACAGAUUAUGGCAGACAUUUAGAAGAUGAAUUGUAAUAAAUGUUAUCUUUAUUUUUCAUUAAAUUUUAAAAAUGUUAGCUAGUUUUGCUAUUGACUAUAUGUUUUUAGUUUACCUUUCAUCUAAUCAUAUUGGGGGUUCAUCAAAAAAACAACUUUGUGCUUGAACAAAUAUUCUAAAGACUUUUAGUCAGCUUUUAAUUUUUCAAAUAUAAUGUUUAUAUAUGUUUUUGCGAAGUUUUGCUGACUCAUCAACCUUAUGGUGUAGAAUAUUGUAUUAUUGAAUUUUUUUUCUUAAAGGAUGAGUUUUCCUGUAUAAGUUGUAUCCAUUGUAUCUGGGAAAUAAGGAAUUUAUAGAGUGCUUCAACUCUGUCAUCAUUGUUUAUGUAUCUUCAAAUUUCUUAUUUAUAUUAACACUCUAGCUUAUUGAGAUAAAAAACAUAUUAGUAUAUAUUUAAAAAAAUUUCUUAUAGAUAUCAAGAGUGUACUCUACAUAUAUUAAAGAACAAGAUUCAUUAUGUUAUUUCUAUUUGAUUAUUUUUGUCUUUUUAAAUUAAGACUUAUUUAUUAUUUCAAACAUUUGCUGAAUGUGGAAAACCUGCCGUCCACACUAAAUUCUCUCACCUCAUAUUGCACACGUAUUCAUAGAAAUAUAAAGAGCCCUGGACACGUCAAAAUUGAAGAGUAGGCAGAAAUGCUGCUGUUUGUGCAAAAUUCUCUGAUUAAAUAUUAGUAAGUGCAGGGGGACUGCACCACACAUAAUUUACACAUAAACAAAUACACGGACAAGACAUAUUACACAGAAAUCACAAACAAACGCACAAUUCAAAUAAAGUGAAUGGAUCCGGGGGCCAUCCGUAAGCGUCCACUGCGCUGUACAGUCCCGGGCCUGUAGUGACACCGACUUCACUCAAAUUUGAAAACAAUCAGGAAUAAAACCCAGAGAAACCAUUGUGUAAAUGCCAGCAUGAGUCAUGAUCUGCUAUAUGUUACAAGAAAUAUGAAUGUAAGCAUAUUGUAGUAAAAUUUAACUAUACAAGUAAUCACAUAGGUGAAAUGUAAAAAAAAACAAGUAGUCUAAAACUAAAUGCUCUAAGUCAAUUAAGAAACGUUUCAGUAUUCAAUAUGUAACAAUAGAAAUAAAAAUUACAUAUAUUUAUCGCAAAAUGAAUAAAGUACUGUGUAGAAAAGACAUUAAAUUCCAUUUUAUUCAUAUAUAUGUAACAAAGAUUAACAAUGUUUAUUUAUGUCCACAGCCAUACUAAACAUUUAUUCUAUUAUAAAUUUAAUGCAGUAUUAUAGCUUUAGAACAAAUUCAUCAAUUAUUAUAUGCCUUAUGUAUAUGUAUAAAAUAUAGUUUUUGAGAUGCCAAUUGAACAUUAUCUUUUGAUUUUAUUACUACUGGUGUAAGAGUUGAUGUGAUGACUGUCUAUGGGUUCUUUAAAAAUCUAUUAUAAAUCAUGAUGUAUUUUAAAUAAAUUUAAUUAUUUUGUGAUUUGUUUUUAAAAAUAUAUACGAAGAUAGCUAUGUCAUUCUUUGAAAGGAGACAGGUAUGAUAUAAUGUCUUCCAAUCUCCAACUUCAAGUAAUUUCAAUCAUUCCUGUUAUAUGUAUGAAUGUAUUAUAACCAUAUCAACAACUAAAUCAUGUGAAUACUUAUUUAAUGUUAUAAAUGUUUAAAUGUUCAGUCAAUAAAUAAUUUAUUUAAUAUUCAA